GCGUCCCCUCGCCUUCCCUCGCCGCCGCCCCCUUCCCCCAGCUCGCGAUAAGAAGAGCCGGCGGCAGGAGAGGGGAUGAAGAUGGCGGACGCGAAGCAGAAGCGGAACGAGCAGCUGAAGCGCUGGAUCGGCUCGGAGACGGACCUCGAGCCGCCCGUGGUGAAGCGCCAGAAGACCAAGGUGAAGUUCGACGAUGGCGCCGUCUUCCUGGCCGCCUGCUCCAGCGGCGACACGGACGAGGUCCUCAAGCUGCUGCACCGCGGAGCCGACAUCAAUUACGCCAAUGUGGACGGGCUCACCGCCCUGCACCAGGUCUGUGUGCCCGCCGCCCUCGCUCCGACCCCGCAGGGCCCGCGUCGUGCUCGCGCCCCGGGCCUUCGCGGGCUCCGUAAAACAGAUUCCAAGAGUACUCUAUUCAAUAAAGUGAAGUUAAGUUGCUUAGGCUUCAGAGAAGUGCACAUCAAAACUGCAGUGGGAUACCUAUUUCACAGCCUGAAGAAUGGCUGUAAUAGAGAUAGGAACAUGUGGACUAGAUAUUUGGAAGUUGGAGCCCUUUACACUGCUGGCAGUAAUUUUGAUUUCAUUGCUUCUCUCAUGCCUGUGGAGUCAGUAGAUCCUGCAUCAUGGAGGCAGGGCUUGCGCAAAACUGGCAUUGUGCUGGUGCCCAGUAAGGGCGAAAAAUCUAUGUUUCCAACUUCAACUACAAAAAUUUCUCCCAAAGAAGAAGAAAGAAAAGAUGAGUCUCCUGCAUCUUGGAGACUAGGACUUAGAAAGACUGGUAGUUAUGGUGCGUUGGCUGAAAUCACCGCGUCUAAAGAGGCCCAGAAGGAGAAAGACACUGCAGGUGUGAUACGCUCAGCAUCAAGUCCGAGACUUUCCUCCUCUUUGGACAAUAAAGAAAAGGAGAGAGAUAGUAAAGGAACAAGACUUGCGUAUGUUGCACCUACAAUCCCGAGGCGCCUAGCCAGUACAUCUGACAUCGAAGAGAAAGAGAACAGAGACUCUUCCAGUUUGCGAACAAGUAGUUCUUACACAAGAAGAAAAUGGGAAGAUGAUCUUAAGAAGAAUAGUUCAAUCAAUGAAGGAUCCACUUACCAUAGAAGUUACUCCUUUGGUAGAAGACAAGAUGAUUUGGUUAGUUCUAGUGUUCCAAGCACCGCAUCAACACCAACAGUUACCUCUGCAGCUGAGCUUCAGAAGAGCCUCCUUUCCAGCACGAGCGCGCCUGCAAAGACUCCCGUGGGCUCUUCCUCCGUAGGCGCGCAGAGCAGUACCUCAAAUCGUUUGUGGGCUGAGGAUAGUACUGAGAAAGAAAAGGACAGUGCUCCUACCGCAGUGACCAUUCCUGUUGCUCCAACUGUUGUAAAUGCUGCAGCUUCUACCACAACCCUGACUACAACUACUGCUGGCACUGUUUCCUCCACAUCAGAGGUCAGGGAGAGACGCAGGUCAUACCUCACUCCUGUUAGGGAUGAAGAGUCUGAAUCCCAAAGAAAAGCAAGAUCAAGACAAGCAAGGCAGUCUAGAAGGUCAACACAGGGAGUAACACUGACUGAUCUUCAAGAAGCUGAAAAAACAAUAGGAAGAAGUCGUUCUACAAGAACCAGAGAACAAGAAAAUGAAGAAAAAGAAAAAGAGGAAAAAGAAAAACAGGAUAAAGAGAAACAAGAAGAAAAGAAGGAGUCAGAAACAUCUAGAGAAGAUGAAUAUAAACAAAAGUAUUCCAGAACAUAUGAUGAGACAUAUGCACGUUACAGACCAGUGUCAACGUCAAGUUCAACCACUCCAUCGUCCUCUUCACUCUCUACUAUAAGCAGUUCACUCUAUGCUUCAAGCCAACUAAACAGGCCAAAUAGCCUUGUAGGGAUAACUUCUGCCUACUCCCGGGGAGUAACAAAAGAAAAUGAAAGAGAGGGAGAGAAAAAAGAAGAGGAGAAAGAAGGUGAAGAUAAAUCACAACCUAAGUCAAUCAGAGAACGAAGGCGACCUAGAGAAAAAAGACGAUCCACUGGAGUUUCCUUCUGGACACAAGAUAGUGAUGAAAAUGAGCAAGAACGGCAGUCAGAUACAGAAGAUGGCUCCAACAAGAAGGAGACGCAGACGGAUUCUGUUUCUAGGUAUGACAGCAGUUCCACAUCAUCAAGUGAUCGGUAUGAUUCCUUGCUGGGUCGCUCUGGUUCAUACAGUUACUUAGAAGAAAGAAAACCUUAUAGUAGCAGGCUAGAAAAGGAUGACUCAACUGACUUCAAAAAGCUUUAUGAACAAAUUUUAGCUGAAAAUGAAAAGCUGAAGGCACAGCUACAUGACACAAAUAUGGAACUAACAGAUCUAAAGUUGCAGUUGGAAAAGGCUACCCAGAGACAAGAAAGAUUUGCUGAUAGGUCACUACUGGAGAUGGAAAAAAGGGAACGAAGAGCUCUAGAAAGAAGAAUAUCUGAAAUGGAAGAAGAGCUUAAAAUGUUACCAGACUUAAAAGCAGACAACCAGAGGCUAAAGGAUGAAAAUGGGGCCUUAAUCAGAGUUAUAAGCAAACUUUCCAAGUAGCACGGACAACAGAAACAAGCAAAGCGGCAGGACUUGCACAUGUUCCCCAGUGGACCACAUUGGCAGUCACUGGACGCCUGAAAGAACCUUGGAGACUCAUUUUCCAAUACCCUGCCAAAUGCCCUCUUAUCUAGGAGUUUCCUUUCCUUUAACUUUCGGCCCCGCCCCCUCGGUUAUCAAGACCAUUGUUUCAUGUUAAAGCAGCUGCUGAGAAGAUUUUUUUUUUCCAAUGACUGAGAAAACUUGUUUACAGCUCCAGCAAAUAAAGAAAGUGUUCAAGGCCAGAUAUGCCUCAGCUAUUUAACCAGUAAGCCUUAGUUGUACAUAAAUACUUUUGUGUCAACAAAAACUUCCAGCUCUCACAGAAGACAGUUAUUCAACUUUUUUUUUUUUUUUUUGAUGUGCCACAGUUUCUAGUUUCUCAAUAUUUAAAUUGUUUGCUUUACAUCUGAGUUUGGGUUUGUAUUUUUUUCUUCUAACUCUUCAUGUGGCAGAGUCUUUCUGUGUUCACAGUCUUCUCAUUUACAGAAGACUUUCCUCUUCUGAGCUUCUUGUCACGUGUUAGGCUGUCGUGUUGUCUCCCACCUGGAACUGAAUUGCUCGGUGGAACAUUUUCUUUCACUGUUUGUGCAAUAUGCAUUUAUUUCUUAUAUGAAUGCUUUAAAGUCCAUUAAGAUUUGAUCUUCUAUCUUCUGCCUUCAUUGGUCACUUUUUGUUUUUGUUUUUUUAUUGUAGUAUAAGAUGUUAGAUUCUGUAAUCUUCACUUUCAUUUUAGCAGGUACUGAGUGAUGCUGUAUAUAUAAAUAAGUGUAUUGUUUUGAUUUUUUUUUUUUUUUUUAGACCACCAUAUGGCAUGCUUGACUAUUUUCUUAAUUCAGAUGUCUGCUAAUGCGAAGUGGGCUACUCCAUAAUGGUGUUUUAAACAGAACUUGCUAACAAUGAAAUAUAAGGACCUUAAAGGCUACACGGUUUAUGGAGCCCUAUCUUUACAAGUUUUUCUACUGUACAGUGCUUUUACUUUUGUUUUCAUUUGGUAGUAUUAAAGCAUAACUAAAGUUGCAUAAGAUAAUUGCUUCACAUUUCACAUGCCUAUAUUUAUCUGAGUGCUGUCUAAAACUGUUGUGCUAGCCAAAGUAGUGCUAGGAAAUCCUUUGCAGACUUAAUCUGUGAUUAAUGUUAAGUGCACUGUUAUUGCCAUGUGAAGAGGCAGCAGCUUUGAUACCACCGUCAUGUUCAGACCAUUUUUACACAUUUCAGUGGCCUUUUUUUAAGGGAAAAAAAAAUAAGUAAAACGAAGUCCGUAGUGAAAAUGGCUUUUAUUUGGACAAAUAACUUUUAUAUUUUCAUUAAACCAUAAAAAAAAAUAUUACAUCUUCCUGGCACAUAACUGUCUCCUUAACCACUGAACAGUUCAGCCAUUUGAAUAAAUUGUACAUUGUAAAGCUUAUAGUAGCUGAUUGUAUUAUUGAGUGUAUUGUAUACUAUAUUAAAUGUGAAUUUGUACCCCUUCAUUUUAAAAGGUCAUUGUGUUCUACUGCCUAUUUUAGAUUACUUUGGGGUUGGGAAAGGGUGUUUUGGUAAGUAGAAUUUUAAGUCCUCUCUCUUGAUUGGUUUUAUGAAGAUAUAAGGUUAUACUCUUACUACCAAGCUCAGGAUUCUCGAUUUUAAAGGUACAAGGAUAGGUGUGAGGAUUUAUUUUUGGUUAUAUUUGAACUGUAUGAAUGGUGGGUCUGAAUACAGAGUAUUUCAUGGUCUAGUGAGGAGGUAAAAGACACAGAUAAUUGAUAAGUUUGAGUGACUGCAACGUGUUCUGGGUGCACAACAGUUAGGCAUGCUGUGGUUUAUAUUUGUGAAGUUUGGAUGCCUGUGAAGAAUGAUUAAAUACCUGUUUCUAAUAUUUUAGUGUUUUGUAUUUAGGUUAUUUAUUCUUUGUAUCUAAAAUUGAACAGCUACUGUGCUAUAUGGACUUUAUUGGUAGUACUGAGCAGACCUUGUUUCUGCAUGAAACUAGUUGCAAAACCCACUAUUUUGGAAAUUUAAAAAAAAAAUGUAUUUUGACAUAUACAAAUAAAAUGAAUAAAACUAUUUUAAAUGUG